CUUAGGUGUUGGGUGGUUCACGUAAUCGUCUCUCUCUGUCUCUGCCCAGUGAGUUCAUCCUGGUUCACUUGCCGAACGAAACCCAUGAUACUACAACUAACGCAAGCAAGAUGCCUGCAGGCUCUUCGGGUGGGAAAUCCAUCGAUGUCGGGGACGUUGUGGACACCGAGCUUGCCCAGCUCAGCGGCGGUUCUACUGGGCCAAGAAUGCGGCAGCCGUGUGUUCUCGAGAGGGUUGAAAGGACAGCCUGAUUGUGAUGUCAAGACUCACGAGCUGGUAGCACCAGAACGCCCGACUCCGGCGAGGCUGGUCGUAACGCAUAGCAGUGAAUGUGCUCCUGCAAGGGCAUACCCAUGUUACAUGGACGGGCUGAUACCUCUUUUGGACCGCUUCAUCGCGGACCCCGAUGCCGUGAACAGCGUCUCGUCCGUCAUUCCUGGAAGGAUUUACGUCGUCAAGGGGAGGUCGGAACUUUUCAAGAUGACGGUUCGAGAUACAACAAACGGCUUCAAGGCGCUUGCUCGAAAAGGAACUUUAGGACAGGAGGUGUUCAUCAGCACAACCAAAAUGGACCUAGGCGACGUAAAGGCAGCGUUAAAUCGUGCGGCGGGCUUCGACUUGGAGAAGGGCGGGUCCCGUCGCGAGCAGAAGGCGGGGCGGAAGCGGCGAUAGCACAAGUAGCGGUGGUCCGUUUUGCCCCACUUUGCACGCUCCAAACGACGCCCGAAUGCAUUCAGGAAGCAAUGAAGGGACCAACGCGAGGAAUUGCGAUGACGAGAAUAGGUACCAGCAUAGACGAUAAGUAGCUAGCGUGAGGGCCCCGAGCGGUUGAUCUGAUCCCGAUCGCCCUGCGAGUUCGCCUGUGGCGACCGAGGCACCCCACCAGCCAUGAGCCUCGAAGCUUUCCUCAUCGCACGAUCAGUGCUUCCUUCACCAUCUAGACCUACCUACCGUACAUGGAUGAUGCAAUAGUUUGCUUACUGCGACCAUCAUUGCCGUUGGCUGCCAGCCCAAUGCUACGUAAAGCAUAGUCAGGUGGUGUGUGGCUAGUUAAUAUGCAUGUGUCAACCCUCCGUUCCGGGUACCGCAGCAGCAACCGGGAACCUUAAGAUAUUGACAAUGUUGGA